AUGGUGAGACUACCCCCACGGCUGAAACACAGUUGGCGCAACGGUUUUAUACAUUCUACAGGGGGGACACCCUGGAAGCAGCGGCUCUACAGUAGCAGUAGUAGUAUUAGCAGCGGCGGUGUGGCACAUUGCGAGGACGAGGGCGAGGGGGAGUUGCACAAAUAUGUAUGCGUCGUGCCGUACAAGAACGACAACGUCCUGUCGCUGGAGAAAACGUAUGACGCGAAAUAUCCCCACGUGGUUAGCGAAAACAGCAUUGAAGUGGAGUCCAAUUUGAAAUAUAUUUACAAGCUGCUACUAACCAGUCGAACAGUGGAACAAAUCCGGUUGCUCUUACACAACUCGUACUGUGCAUACGAGAAUAAUUUCAUAAACGAUGUGAGGAACAUUAACUGGUCUGCGUACAUCCCUUUCAGCAGUGUCUUCACGGAGCCACAAAUAAAUGUGAAGACCAUAAAGUCAAGGCUGUUUCACACCUGCAUGAUCAAAAACAUUAUCCUGAACGUGAUUAAAAAGCAGCAACAAGUGUAUAUAGAAAAAAAUGGAGAUGACAAUAUUCUUUUGAAGAAAAAAAAACUGGCUCCGUCCUCUCUGCAGCCGCUAAAAAUACAUGUCCUGUUCCGUUAUAACGAAUUAAAAAUUAGUGUAAACAUAAGUAAUGACUUAAACAAACGUUUAUACAUUGCACACAAAAGGGGGACACCCUGGAAGCAGCGGCUCUACAGUAGCAGUAGUAGUAUUAGCAGCGGCGGUGUGGCACAUUGCGAGGACGAGGGCGAGGGGGAGUUGCACAAAUAUGUAUGCGUCGUGCCGUACAAGAACGACAACGUCCUGUCGCUGGAGAAAACGUAUGACGCGAAAUAUCCCCACGUGGUUAGCGAAAACAGCAUUGAAGUGGAGUCCAAUUUGAAAUAUAUUUACAAGCUGCUACUAACCAGUCGAACAGUGGAACAAAUCCGGUUGCUCUUACACAACUCGUACUGUGCAUACGAGAAUAAUUUCAUAAACGAUGUGAGGAACAUUAACUGGUCUGCGUACAUCCCUUUCAGCAGUGUCUUCACGGAGCCACAAAUAAAUGUGAAGACCAUAAAGUCAAGGCUGUUUCACACCUGCAUGAUCAAAAACAUUAUCCUGAACGUGAUUAAAAAGCAGCAACAAGUGUAUAUAGAAAAAAAUGGAGAUGACAAUAUUCUUUUGAAGAAAAAAAAACUGGCUCCGUCCUCUCUGCAGCCGCUAAAAAUACAUGUCCUGUUCCGUUAUAACGAAUUAAAAAUUAGUGUAAACAUAAGUAAUGACUUAAACAAACGUUUAUACAUUGCACACAAAAGUGAGACCUCCUUAAAAAGCACAAUCAUAGCUUCCGCAUUGUUCAAAAUUAACAUAUUUAAUUACACCAAUGGGGGAAGAGACUUAUAUUUUGUGGAUCCCUUCUGUAAUGAUGGAAGCAUUCUGUUGGAAGCAUUUUCCAUUUUAAUGACUGCCCCUUGUGGCUCCCCCAGUAUUAACUACCCCAUUGUGUCAUUCCCUAUGCAUUCCCCUUCUACGUUUUUCGAAGUUUUAAAUGAAGUAAAUAUGACUCCAGGGAAAUUCACCGACCGAGUGUUCCUCCUUGGGCUUGACGAUAGUAAGGAUCACAUAAGACUAGCUAAUGCAAAUUUGAAGAGACUCUUUCUAACCACACCACGUUGUGUUAAUGAGGAUGAUGAGGAUGAUGUGCAGGUGGGGGGAAGCAUUUCUUUGUCCAGAGAAGGGGUGGACAAAUCGGUUCGAAGUGGGAAGGGGGUAGUAGGGAAAAGUGGUGGUGGAGGAGGACAGUCUCCUACAAUAAGCGAUUCUGCUGCCUCCCAUUUCAGCGCGCUGUGCACACAUGAACUGAACACGUUGUUCUCCAGCGAUAAUCCCGUCAUGUCGAGGAGGAUAAAAUUUAUGUGCAUGGACUUCCUGAAGCUAAGCAGUGUCAACGAAAACUGUGUUAUAAUUACAAGUAUAAUAAACGUGGACGAAAAAAAAAAAAAAAAAUUGGAGAAAAUUCUUCUGCGCUCGCAGAUUUUAAAUGCCUUCGUGUUUGCCCCGGAGAGUUAUAAAGAAAGGACAAGGCUCAAGUUUAAGUUAAUUUCUCGAUUUGUGUCAGAUGGGCAGAACAUCAUUUUUGUUCAGCUCUUUGGGCAGACUCGCCGCGGGGUGCACGACGAGAUGUGGGACGGUUGA